GCGCGGCAGGCCAACGCGGCCGGCUCGAGCCCUUUGUGCGUGCGGCUGGCAGCUCUGGGUAGCGGCAUCAUGAGCGGCCCGGGAGGGGCGGCGGCGCCGCCCGCCAGCUCGGCACUGCCUGCGGAGGAGGAGGGCAUGACGUGGUGGUACCGCUGGCUGUGUCGUCUGUCGGGGGUGUUGGGGGCAGUGUCUUGUGCCAUCUCUGGCCUUUUCAACUGUGUCACCAUCCACCCUCUGAACAUCGCAGCUGGCGUGUGGAUGAUCAUGAAUGCUUUCAUCCUGCUGCUGUGCGAGGCACCCUUCUGCUGCCAGUUUGUAGAGUUCGCAAACACAGUGGCUGAGAAGGUGGACCGGCUGCGCUCCUGGCAGAAGGCUGUUUUCUACUGCGGGAUGGCUGUCGUUCCCAUCGUCAUUAGCCUGACACUGACCACUCUCCUCGGCAACGCCAUCGCCUUUGCCACAGGUGUCCUGUAUGGCCUCUCUGCUCUGGGCAAGAAGGGUGAUGCCAUCUCCUACGCUCGGCUCCAGCAGCAGAAGCAGCAGGCAGAUGAAGAGAAGCUCACAGGAACCCUAGAGGGAGAGCUGUGAGGCGGUCCUUCCCUCCUUCCCUGCUGUGGCUCUGUGUCACUGAGCAGACCUAGAGGGCUGCCUGGAGGAGGGGCCUCUGUCCAGCUCCUAUCAGUGCCUCUGCCCUGCCCCAACCACAAGUCUACUGUGCUUUCUUCUCCAGAUGGGCAUCACCUGACCCUAAACCAGAGUCUGGGGCUGGCCACCGUGAAGACAUGGGGUGGCAGACAGUGGUCCAGGCACAGACGCCCCACCCCCACAGCUGCCUGGCCCAACUGGAUAGCGCCCAGAGGAUCUCUAGACUGACUCAGGUGGCAGUACUUCAAUGAUGACUGGAGGUCUGGGGGAGCUCUGUCUGCCCCAGGGUGGGGCCCUGGCAUCAGGCAGGAGGUCCUAUGGAUGGAGCUGCCUGGGCCCACCUGUCUACCUGUCCCUGGGCACAGCGAUGUCCCAUCUACAGUUCCCCAUCCUGUGGGACCUAGACUGUUCCCGCAUUUCACCUGGAGCACUAAAAACAGUGGCCUUGAGGAUCUUCAGACACUUGGGUGGGGGUGCUCACACCUCGGAUCCUACAGCCCUGGACCAGCCACUCCUGGACACCUAUUGUGGGCCUGGCCUGGACCCUGGGUUCUUCCCAUCCUGCCCAGGCCCUGGUGCUAAGGAAGUGGGGGAUAGGCUCCACCCACCCCCUUCUGUUCAUAAUCCUGCCACACUCUCGUCUGCAGUGACUCAGCCUCUGGGUAGUGACUGAACUUGAAUCCUGACCCCCUUGGUCUUUCCCUGGGAGCUGCCUGCCCUCAGAGCACCGUUGCCCUUGCUGUAGCUGUCCUUGGUACCCCGGGUGCCAGGCUGCAGGGGUGCUGUCCCUCCUGGGCAUCCUCUUCUGCAUGGGCCCUUAGGCCACCCCAGUCCAGAGCCUGUGGGGCAUCUUGGUCUUCAAUGAAACCCCAUCCCAGGUGGUGGUUUUGUUACCCAGAGAGCCCUUUCCUGCAUGGCCCCGGCCAGCUUCUGAGGCUGGGGACAAAGUGGCAGGCUCCCAGUCAGCAGCGCCCCCACCCCCACUCCCACCCUCCAGGUUGACUUCAGCUGCCUACCAAGGGCAGUAGGGGCCCUGUGGCAUGGCCACAGGUGUGGUGGGACGUGCCUCCCAGAGUCCUCUGGGCCACCUUCCUCAGGCAAGCCCAGGCUCCAAGGGCUGAGGACACUGCCUCCCCUGCGGGCAGUGUGUGUGUGUGUGUGUGUGUGUGUGUGUGUGUGUGUGUGUCUGUCUGUGUGUGCACGCACGAGUGCGCCUGACUGAGUGCAGUGACGAAGAAUUGACCUUGGGCAAGGAGCCAGGGUCCUGUCCUGCUCUUGGAUUCUUCUUGUCUUUGGAGGUGAGGUUUAGCUGCCCCCCGUCUGCCUGCCCUCCCACCCUUGCCAGGGGGGCCUCACCCACAGGCUUCCUUGCUGCAGGGAGGGGCUAAGGGGACCAGGCAGGUCGUAGAGUUGGCCACAGGAGUGGAAAAGCCCUGGGUACCUGGCCUCGGUCUCUGCUUCUUGCCAGGGUUCCUGGUGGUGUAGCUGGCAGUUCUGGUGCUGCAGCCCCAUCCCCUUGUCAGGGUGCUGUCUUGUCCACAGCAGCUGCCCAGCUAUAGGGCCACUCCAGCUGCCCGUAGUGCCCAGUAGUCUGUCUUCCUUGGCCCCGAGUGUGUGACUUGAGUAAUAAAGCUAGGAGGUAGCAUGCA